CACAUAUGAGCCUCGUGGUGCUGCGUUUGGCCCCUAAUUCUGCUUUUGGGGCGUUUCCCGAAAUCCGCCAGGACGGGCUCUCUAGAGGGACGCAGGCACUCUGGAUUUCGCGACGACCCCGGGCACAGGGUUUCGCCCGGCGAUAUCCCGCUGUCUUCAGUACAAAGGGGGAUUCCUGGCGGGGACAGCGGGAUACCUCGGGUGGGGUCACCCGCGGAAGCGGGAUUCGGCGCCGGGGGGCAUCGCAGGCAGCGGAUGUCGGAUCCAUGCACUGAUCCAUUUGGUUUAAAUCCGCAAGGCUUCCGACAGUUCCGAGCGAUCAGGCCCGAACACAAUUGCACCUCGUUGACGAACUUCACAACACCGUGUGUGCGCUGAGGGAAUCACGACUUCAAAUUUGUUCACCGCUCUGAGAUGGCUUCCUCACCCAAGGCGUUGCGAAUUUGCAAUACCGAACCUUUAGUAUUUCACCAAGCUGACGAUGUAUGUCAUUUAGUCUGGCAUGUACCGGAACUUAUUGAGCGCAUCGCCAGCUUCGCGCCCAACAAUGAGAUGGCCCUGACUCUGCGCCCAUUGAACAAGACAUUCGCGAUGGUGCUAUCCUCUCCCGAGCACAAGCGGGUGCGGGCAUCGCAGCCGCUUCCCGCCCACGGCUACAGCAGCCUGCCCACUGCCGCCAUCCAACAGUGGCCCUUCGCGCAGCGCCAGCAGCUCGUGUGCGACGCAGCUCGCAGCGGCAGUCUCGAAGCUGUGGAUGCGGCGCUGGCGGCGACGGGGGUGCGCCGUGGGGGUUGGCUACUGGCGGCCGCUGCCGAGGCGUCGGAGCCAGGCGCUGCCCUGCGGCUGUGCCAGCAGCUGGCGGCCCGGGGCUGGCUGGUGGAGGACUGGGCCGCAGACAGGACAACCCUACACGCAGCCGCCGCAGCCGGCAACUCGGACGUGUGCAAGUGGCUUGUGUUGGAGCGGAACUGCAUUCCACAGCGCUACAUGCAGGUGGUGUGCGCAGCCGCCGAGGCCGGGCACGUGGCCGUCGUGGCGGAGCUGCUGUCGCUGUGCCCGACGCGCCACAAGCCGGACAUGCACGCACAACAUCUACUGGUAGCGGCAGCUCGCGGAUACAAGGCUGCGGACUUCACGCGCCUGUGGAAAGAGUGCAUGGACAGGGCCUGGGAGGAACUCCGACAGCAACAGCAGCGGCAGCAGGAGACGGACGAGCUCGACGUGUUCUCUGUCCAAUUCCCCAAUGGCCUCUGGCUGGACAUCAGUUCAGCAAUGAAGCCGAUCAGUGAAGUGCUGGCUAACCCGCUGGCUGACCCGCUGGGGUCCCUAGGCAUGUUGAGCAUGCUGGAGGCCGCGGCGGGCAGCCCCACGCCCUGCUGGCUGGACAAACUGGAUGUGCUGCUGCAGCUGCCCUCUGGUGAUGAGGCUGCUGCUGCGGCGGCGGCGAGUGGAGGAGAGCUAUUGGCUCAACCGGGCUUGCUGUCCCGUGUCUUUGCUGCAUCCUUGUCGGCGCCAGACGGGCUGGCCCGCGUGCGGCUGCUGUGGGAGCAGCGCAGUUGGCGGCUGACCAAGUGGACCAAUUCACAGCUGGUGGCUGCGGCGGGGGCGCGCGGCGACACGGCCGCAAUCAGCUACCUAUUCAAUAAGCUGAGGGCGGUGACAGCAGCGCCCUUCCACCCUGCUGCUAUGACGCUGCGGCGGCCGGCGGAGGGCGGCCACCUGCCGGUGCUGCAGCUGUUUGCGUCGCACGGCGCGCGCUGCACCUGCGACAUCUUUGUCGACAUGGCGGGGGCCGCGGCGAAAGGAGGGCACGUCCACAUCCUGGACUACCUCCUGUGCAAGGAGGCACCGCCGCACUUCAUCCGCGGGGAGCCUGGGUCCUGGGCAGACGUGCGUGCUAAAGCACUGCGGAGGGCGCUGGAGCUCGGAAUUGAGCACGGCCACACCAGCGUUGUGCGGUUCUUGCACGAGCUGGGUGCACGGUUGCCAGCCUCUUCAGGCUGGUCGUGUGUGUGGAGACGAGCCGGCCGCGCGGGCAACCCGGCAUUGCUGGGGCUGCUGGUGGAGCUAGGCUACCCGAUUGACAGGGAGGAGAGUGUGUACUGCGAAGCCCGCCGCGACGUGGCCAUGAUCCGGGCGCUGGCACGGCUGCGGUUCUGCGGCGACGACUGCCUUACCAGCCUGGAGUUGCUGCUGGAGGACCCGGCUGUACCACUGGACGAGCUGCGGUGGCUGCUGGAGGGAGACGGCGGCGGUGGAGAGCCAGGUGGUGAGGGCGGUGCCGGAGGGCCGUCAGGCGGCCAGGCGGCCCGGGCACCCGAGCCCGGACCUGCGGCGCGACGGGUUCUGCGGGACGAGAGGGUGUGGGAGUGGAUGCUGGAGGCGGUAAGGCGGCGGGGCCAGGGGGAGGCCGCAUUGGUGGUGGAGGCCUGGCUGGAGGGCUGGUGGCGCGCCAACAAGGACUAAGCGCACUCAGAUUGGGACUGAAGGCCUGCGGUAUGUGCCAGGGUGGUCUGUGGCGCGGCACAGGGUGGUCUGUGGACGGGUCGUAGCGCCAUGGCGGCCGUGAACUGAGUUCCAGGACAAGGCAGUUUCAAAACGCGAACUUUCACUUUCCCAAUUGCUGCGAUGAUGUUAUGGACUUGAAACUUGUGAGCUCACGUUUCUGAGGUCUCGUCACUUGUGAGCUCACAACAAGACCGGCGGCAACAUCUUGAGGUGAUGUUGGGAAGGCGCGAUGGUGCUACUGUAUGUUUUGUGUGUGGGUAUGUUGAUAUGUGUGUGCGUGAGGUGACCUUGUAGGACUGUCCCUACCCGCCACGACCCGCCGGCAUGUGUGAGCAUGCCAUCGGCGUCGUUGCCAUGCAUGGACCAAAGGCCGAUGCUUUCCUUUGCUCUCCCGCUUUGUUACUGACGACAUCGGCGCAUACGCAUGCCGGUAAUUAAUCAAUUCUUGCGUGCUGAAACCGUUCAGGGGGGUAACUUGCAUGCGUUCCUGCGCGCGUUGCUCACGGCUGAGGGCAGACAAUCAGGUACGAUGGAAUCUGGUGCGGUAUUCAUGCAUUGUGCGAGCCCGAGUGGCGCAUCCUGAUGUACGCUUGCAGGGGUCAACGGGUUUAGGAAUUGGCUGCAUGGCAGGAACCUGCUGCGACUGAUGGUAUGGCCUUGAAACGUGUAAGCUCACGCUUCU